AAUUGCGCGAUAAAUAAAUCAGAAAACAUUUGAAGUGCUUGUUAAUUGUUCUCUUUUAAAGUAUUUGAAUUAAGUGAUAAGGAAUCUUGUAAAACAAAAUGCCACGACGUAAAGGUUUUCCUCAAAUCUCAUCUAUGCCAGCCAUUCGCAUGCAGUCACCAGAAAGUUCAAGAAAUGUUCCAUCUCGAUCUCAAGAAGUUAGUAAUUUAAAAGAGUUGCCACUUUCGACAAGUGAUUUGUCACAAAACUCUACAACUGACUUUACAAUGAAUGCUGCACAUUGGUUGCCUAUUUCAAUUUCAAGUGGAUCAGAAGAUGAAACAGAUAAAUCUCAUAAAACUGAAACAGAUAUAAAAGAUUUCCAUCAACUGCCAGUCGUGCUUCAGAAAGAACCAAGCAUGUUAAAUUUAAGAAGUCGUCAUGAUCCCAAAUAUCAAGGUGUAAGAGCGAAGAAAACUGCGAGAAUUGUAAAUAAAGUUGGCGUGAGGAACAUCGACACAAUAAACAUUCCAGAGAGAUCAGCAAGAUUCUUUCGAGAUAUUGUCCACACUUUGAUCGAUGCUCAAUGGCGUUGGGUUUUGACAGUAUUCAUUUUUUCUUAUUUUGGUUCUUGGUUAUUUUUUGCUACACUCUUUUACAUUAUCGGAUGGGCUCAUGGCGAUUUAAUUUUUGAUCCAGAAACUGGUCAAAGAUUAGGAGAAGGAAAAGAAGAAUGUGUCAGAGGUGCAACUAACUUUGCAGGAUUUUUUCUUUUGAGUGUCGAGUCUCAAGUUUCGACGGGUUAUGGAGAGAAGUAUCCAACUGAAGAAUGUCCCGAAGCAAUUUUCCUGCUUAUUGUGCAACUAACAGUUGGACUAGUAAUUGACGCUGCAAUGGUUGGCAUUGUGUAUGUUAAGAUGAUUCGUCCACCAAAAUAUGCCGAGUUCAAGUUUAGCAGAAAAGCUGUGAUUUGUCAGCGUGAUGGAAAACUUUGCCUGAUUUUUCGCGCUGCAGAUUUUAAGCAAGAUCACAGUAUCGAUAGUAAAAUUCGCGCUUAUCUUUUUGAGGAUAAGAUAACAGCAGAAGGCGAAAGAACGGGAAAGAAUCAACAAAGACUAAAAUUAGAAAAUAAUGGCAGAGUUUUCCUAAUUUGGCCUCAAACUGUUUGUCAUUAUAUUGAUGAAACUUCUCCGUUUUAUGACAUGAGUGCUCGAGAUUUAAUUCAAAAGCAUUUUGAAAUUGUUGUGUCAUUAACGGGAAUAUCGCGAUACACUGGACAGACAACACAAGCAAGAACAAGCUACCUCUCCAAAGAAGUCCUCUGGGGUCACAGAUUUUCUAACAUUAUCACUUAUGAUCGUGAACAUGGACACUACGUGACUGAUGUUGAUUCACUCGACACUCUUGAACGAAUCGACACAGCUCUUUGUUCUGCUCAACGAUUAGAAGAAAUUGUGAAUGAAGCUCUAGAAGCUCUGGAAAAGAAAUCAGUUUUUCAUUGGGCUCAUAAUUUCAUUAACGACAUCGAAGAGUUCGAUGAAGACGACGACGAAGGACUUCAAAUGAUGCCAAUAUCAUCUAAAACUGUUGUCUCGCCUUCGCCACAUCCCUCGAUG